AUGUUCGAUCCUUGGAGGCGGUCAGAACUUGUCAAGGCGCUCGAAAACCUGGGGACAAUGGACCCGGCAGAAUGGAGAAUUUGUUUCUUCAUCGACGGCCUCGAUGAAUACAGCGGCGACCAAUUCGAACUGGCCAACGACAUUUUGCGCAUGGGGAGAUCGCCAAACAUCAAGAUAUGCGCCUCGAGCCGGCCCUGGAACGAGUUCACCGAUGCCUUCGAGCAUUCAGAGUGGAAACUAUAUCCGCACGAUCUCACGCGGGACGAUAUUCAGAUGUCUGUCAAAGACAACCUUCGGGACUCCGACAAUUUCAAGAGGCUCCAGCAGAGCGACGGGGUGUUUUCCUCUGGGUUUUUCCUCGUUGUGCGAUCCCUCCUCCAUGGGCUCAUGAAAGAGGAUGACAUCCAGGAUCUCCGGAAGAGGCUGCGAGGGUUCCCCACCGAUCUCAAAGAAACAUUCAGUCAGAUGCUGAACAACAUAGAUGAGUCCUACCGGAAGCGGACUGCGCGGUUGUUUCUCACUCUGACCCACGCGGCGACUUCGUUCCCGGUUCUUGCCUUCCACUUCAUGGAUUUUGGCGACAAAGCCCCGUCCAAAGAACCUCUAUCUUUCCUGAGGUAUUGGCCGGACGUCGACAAGAAUGCUGAGCUGUUGCAGGCGAUGGAUCGCAAGAAGCGACAACUGAUAGGACAGACUGUUGUCGACUUCAUCCAGACUAGAGACAUACGAGCGCAGCUUGAAGACGCCGCGGAGGACUUUGGCCCUGACAAAGUUCUCCUCGACGCCAACGUCGGCCAGCUUGGAUCCUUGAUACACCAGCACCGACUCUCAUACAUCCGCCCACGCUUAGGCCAGUGGGUUCUGGGGGCUCUGUACUAUGCCCGCAAAAUAGAAGUUAUCACCAAUACCCCUACGGUAGAGGCACUGGACGACCUUGAGAACGUCAUCAUGACCGCGUUUGCAAAAUGGGAUUUCGAGCACGCCAUGACUGCGCUGCUCCCGGACGUCCCCAAGUCAACUUGCGCUGGUCCCAUGUCGUCCUUCAUGGAUCUUGUUUUUUAG